AUGCGGAUCGUUUGGAAAAUUUUUGUUGCUUUGUCUGACUUUAGUCACCUGCCUCACGUCGUCUGGUCAACCCACUGGCUUGUUCACUUUACAAACCUGCGUGUCGGCGACGUUGGUGGGUACGCGAAGGGCCAACCUCCAGUUGUUUUGGACUUGCGGGGUGGUCCAGGCAUCGUUGUUCCAUCCCUGGGGCACCUACGUCUCCUGCGCAAAAUCGUCUUACAACCCUUCACCCAGCGAAGUGCCUUCCCUCCUCAGCCAAGUCUUCCUCCAUUGCAAACGCCGACGAAUUUCGGAAUCAGGUUCUACACUGAUGAUUUAAAGUAUGCAUUAGAUCAGUUUGCUAUAAUUUGGGCCUCAAAUAACACGAUGCUAAGUCCGUCUUUGCACAACGCUGAUCAUCGUAACUGUGCUUGGCGAAAUGACGACCAGAUGCACGAUCGUUAUCGUUUGUCGUGCAGAGUGGACAUUCGGAGCAACUUGCGAAUCCAGUAA